AUGACGCUCGACGAGGCUCAGCUCAUCCUCAACGUCAAAAAGGAUGCAACACUAGAGCAGGUUCUCAAGAACUACGAGCAUCUCUUCAAAGCCAACUCUCCACCCGCAAAGGCAGAAAAACCAGCAAAGCCGGCAGCAAAAGGCGCAGCGUCCAUCCCAACACAUUCGCAUUACCUCCAAUCAAAAGUCGUCAGAGCAAAGGAACGGUGGGAGGCAGAACUCAAGGCGUCAGAUGGUCAACCUUCACCUGCUCCCGAAGCCCAAGCACCUCCACCUCCACCCUCAUCCAACGCUCCUCCACCCCCUUCAAGCUAA